AUGGGUCUCAAAAAGAAGCAUGUUUCUGCCGAAACUCCGCAACCGAUUUGCGAUAAAAUUGAGGGUGGCCCGCCGUUUGAAGAUUUGUACGACUAUUACUACCGCAUCGAUCUACCACGCAGUUUUUUUCGCGCACAUGAUGCGGAGUCUUUGGCUGCUGACAUCAACAGCUUCGCUUGCAAGCUGAUGGAUAAACUGGGAAUCGCUAUGGGCGAGCGGUUUUCAGCUUGCAAAUUGCACAGGAGCAUCGAAAACGACCUGGUUGAGCCUGCCGAGAAGAAAGCCAGAAAGCAAAAAACGGUGUUGGUCGUUGGCUUCAGUGCAACUAGCGAAUGGUCAAAUCCACUGACGAUUGGCCCAAUUGCAAACGAGCCUCAGGCCCAAGUCUUCCGAAACUUUUGGGACAGCAAGACGGAACUGCGCCGCUUUGGAGACAAUUCUAUCAAAGAAACUAUCAUGUGGGCAGAGGAGGCGGGCGAUGACGUCUCGUUCAAAGUGUUUAGCUUCGUCCUGAGACAACACUUUGGAGUUGAACCUGAGAACCUGACGAACAUCUCGCGUCUUGAAAGCUCAUUGUUGCCGAAUCGCAAGGGUGGCGAAAAGCUGAAGGCGAACUUUGCCGAACUGAGCGGAUAUCUGCGUGGACUCAGCGACUUGCCAUUGAAAGUGACGACGAUUACCGGCACUUCCCCUUACCUUCGAGGAACAGAACCCAAUGAGUUUGCUGCUCUUGUUGCGGCCUGCAAGGGCAUUGUACACGAAGAUUUGAAGGCAUUGCUACCUUCUUCUAACAUCGUUCCCAAUCUGACGAAAACCGUUGAAGUGUUCAUCCGGCUCGAAUAUUCGCAUAAAUGGGGCAAUGACGUGGAACUCAUCCGCCAGCUAAUCAUAUCGUUCUACAUCUUGAUCGCUGAGCAAUUGAAAGCCCAACACAAACUCGACUGCCAUCCAACUCCUGGAGCUCUGUAUAUCCGGCUGAAGUCGACAGUCUUCCGCGUCAUUAUCGUCAACGAAAAAAUCUUGGCCAUGCUAAGAAAUCAGAUCGAAUCGCAACACAUGGCUGGGAUCGACACGUCAGCGCAAAAUAAACGUCUAAAGAGGCUCACUACCGCGUAUCGCAUCGAGCCGGCAAUCAAAGCGCAACUCGGCGUGCUCGCUCUCAAGCACCAACAUUUUUCCUCCGCCUGCCAGUUGUUCAAGCGAUGGCUAGGACGGCAAAUGCUGAGUGGUCGGUUGCACGAAAUAACCGAGGAGCUAUUGGUUGCUGCGGCUUUUGAUAAACAUUCCGGGAAACCGGCGCCAAGUUCGGCCUUCGCCGGAUUUCGCCGUGCGCUCCAAGUGAUCGUCGAGCAUGAUUGGCUAAAGAAGCCGCUGAUCGUGGAUUUGGAUGGACAGUGGCCAGAGGAAGAGCGAAUGCAAGCCAUGAAGACAUUUGUCGCACAGCGCAUUAUACUGCCACCGAUGGUCAUUUGUACUCAAGAGGAUCCCUCUGGGGCGCUCUGGACAGCCGAGACUCCGUCUGCCUUAUUCACACAUCGCCUGAUGAAUGUUGCAGCGAUUGCCUUGACUGCCAUCAACGGAGCGCUGCGGGCCGAGAAUGAUUUUGUGACCGAGGAGCUAUUCCACCAAAGCCCGGCCUCUUUUGAUGCCUGGAUUCAUCUCCAUCGGGAGUUCCAGAAAGCAGGCUGGAAGGCUCGCGAUGCAGCAGGUAUUCGAGAGUUGCAAGGCAAUCUUCCCGUCGUCGAUUUCAACCCGCUUGAACUAUUCGUUGAAAGAUUGAACAAUCACUUCGGCUCGGUGGCCUUUUUCCUUUACGACCGUUACAAUGGGAAGCGCAUCGGCAUCAAGUGGCGCGGUGAUGUGACGCCAAUGUCCACCAGGAUCGCCCGCGCUGGUGGCUACAAGCUUGAUGAGGACAACUUCUCUCAAAUGACUGUAAAUCAGGCGGAAAUCGUGGAAACGAUCGGUAUUCUCGGGCAAGGAAUGGUCUCAAAAAUCACGACCGGCAACAAUGAAGUCUUGUUUUACGGAGACGAGCCCGACUUCUUGCAAGGCAUCGAUAUCGUUUUCCCAGCCAAACCUCCUGACGAAAUCCAACCAAGCGAAUUGCUGCAAACGCCUGAAGCUCCCGUUCAAACGCCCGAAAAGGAGGUUCCGCUCUUCAAAGAGGACGAGUGGGAAGUCGUCACGGAAGACAAAACGCCAGUCAGCCUCGCAACCAUCCACUCGUCAAAAGACAGGGUUUUGACACCCGAGGAAGCGGAUGCGUUUAUCCGGGAUGAAAACGGGCAGCUGUUCUUUUCACCAUCCAAGUUGAUCAUCAUCGACUCGUCAGAUUCCUCAGAUGAGGCAGAUAUGGAGAGCAAGCAACUCGAAAAAACCGCAAUCGAGAUAGAAGAUCAGCCCAACCCGUCCCCUGAAAAAGAAUCACCAUCAAUUGGCAAACCAACUCGCACAGGCUUGAAGAAGUCCCAGAAGGAAAAGAAGUCCCCGCACUUUGGCAAGCAGACCGUCGCCUCGAAAAUGAAGCGCAAGAGCACUUAUGGAACGAAAUCAACAGAACCCGCCGCUCCCACGAAAAAGAUCCACUUUGAACUU